AUGAUGAAGUUUCUAACGCUGCUUUGUUCUUUUGCUUAUGCUGAGGAAGAUGCAGUCUCAAAUAUUCACGUCGGAAGCCCGAGCUACAUCAAAACUCCAAAGUAUCCAGCAGAUAUGCCGACUCAAGCGCAAUAUUCAUGGACAGUAACCGCGGAUCCGGGAUUCAACAUCAAAAUCGAAUUCGAAGACUUUUCCAUUCCGGUUUCGCCAAAUUGCAAGAUCGUCUUUCUGAGCAUCACUACCGACAGCGCCGACUGGAAUAUGACCGGCAAUCGGUUUUGCGGCCAGCAUCCGAAAGUUUUCAUUACAAAUGGGAGCUCUGCGACCCUGUAUUUGAGAGCGGACUCUGAUCCAAAUCCACUUUUGCCCAAGAGGUUUAAGUUGAAAGUCUCAAAAACACGUGAGCGAGCAUCAACAUAUGCACCAAACGCAUUCGCCGGAAAGAUUGAGAAAACAUCCGUCGCGCGAAUUCCUUCUCCCCGAUCUCGAGUUCCAGUUGUUCCGAAUCAGUUGCCAAAUCCGGCGCACCGUGCAAGCGCUGGUGUUUUCGGAGGCAGCCACAACAUGGCGAAUAUGGCAAUGCAUCCAGCUCCUCAACCUGUCGCUCCUCGACCAGCUAUUGCCGCUUUUCCAAGACCAGCUCCUUAUGGUCCAGCUCCGAUUCCGAUUCAGCAGCCAGUUCCUGUUCAAAUUCAAAAUCAACAGCCAGUUCCAAUUCUCACUCAAAACAGCGGAGUAGCGCCGAUUCAGCCAGUGGGACAGCAAAACGAAAAGCUUUUGAACGAAAAAGAAGAAAAGAAGUCCUUGAGCCUGAUCAUCCCUGUUUCUUUGCUGGUCCUCGCGGUACUCCUCGGAGCAUCCGCGUUUUUGAUCAAAAAGUUUCUGCGCGAUGAUUAG